UCGGCGGCUCCCGGAGCAAGGGGUGGAAGCGGCGGACGGUUCCCGGCGCUUGGGGAGGCACCGGCCAAAACAGCAUCGCGGGAGGACGGAGCAGGUCCAGGGGCAACGGGAAGCCGUAGGGAAGAAGCCCGAGGCCGGAGGGAGGAAGAGGCCGGAGGGAGGAAGAGGCCGAACCCGCGGGAGGGAAGCGGCGGACGGGACGGGACGGGACGGGACGGACGCAGGCGGCCCGCCGCGGGGCUCCUUGCACCCGCCGGGAUGGCGCCCGCCCGGCCCAUCCUCUGCCUCCAGCUCUGGCUGUGGCUGCAGGGCUCGGCCCAGGAGCUGGACCCGGACGGCAGGAACGUGUGCCGCGCCGGCAGCCUCCCCGCGGGCCUGGCGUGCUGCCCCGGCUGGAAGCAGCAAGGGCGGGAGUGCACGGAGGCGCUGUGCGAGGGCGAGGACGCCUGCGGGGCCGACGAGGUGUGCGUGAGACCCGGCGUUUGCCUCUGCAAGCCCGGCUUCUUCGGCGCCGACUGCAGCUCCCGCUGCCCCGAGCAGUACUGGGGCCCCGACUGCAAGCGGCGCUGCCCCUGCCACCCCGACGGCACGUGCGAGGCGGCCAGCGGGCGCUGCUCCUGCCUGCCCGGCCGCUGGGGCCCCCGCUGCCAGUUCGCCUGCGCCUGCGGGCCCCGCGGCCGCUGCGAGCCGCUCAGCGGCGCCUGCCGCUGCGAGCCGGGCUGGUGGGGCCCCAGCUGCGCCAGGCAGUGCCAGUGCAACCCCGAGGGCUCCCGGUGCGACCCGCUCGGCGGCCGCUGCCGCUGCCUGCCCGGCUGGUGGGGCAGGAGGUGCAGCUUCAGGUGCUCCUGCAACGGCUCGCCCUGCUCCCAGGAGACGGGCAAGUGCGAGUGCGCGGCGGGGUUUUGGGGCCCGGCGUGCCAGCGGCCCUGCGACUGCCUGCACGGCGCCUGCAACCCGCUCAGCGGCCACUGCAGCUGCGGCGCCGGCUACCACGGCCGGAGCUGCCGCGAGCCCUGCCCGGCCGGGAGGUACGGGCCGCACUGCGUGCACAGCUGCGGGAGCUGCCGGGGCGGCCAGCCCUGUGCAGCAGCCGACGGGGCCUGCGCGGGCUGCCGGCCCGGCUGGAACGGCACCCUGUGCAAGGAGCGCUGCGCCGCCGGCUACCACGGUGCGGGCUGCCACCACCGCUGUCCCCGCUGCCGCGCCGGCGAGGCCUGCGACCCGGAGAGCGGCGCCUGCGCCGGCUGCGAGCCCGGCUGGACGGGACCCAGCUGCAACAGCUCCUGCCCCGCGGGCACCUUCGGGGACGGGUGCCAGCAGCCGUGUCCGGACUGCGUGUCGGGGAGCUGCGACCCGGUGUCGGGAGCCUGCGUCUGCUGGGCCGGCUACUGGGGCGGCAGCUGCAACGAGACCUGCCCGGAGGGGUAUUUCGGUGUGAACUGCUCCUCCGCCUGCCAGUGCUCCCGCGGGACCUGCCACCCCGCAAGGGGCGACUGCGUCUGGCGCGCUAAGGACCACGGGGCGCUGGCGGCCGCCGUCCUCGUCCCGCUGCUGCUGCUGCUGCUCUGCGGCGCCUGCUGCUGCUGCGGCGCCGGCCAGGCGGACGCCAGGGACAGGGCGGCCGCGGCCGACGACGACGUGGUGUCCCGGAUGAAGCACCACGUGCGGCGGGUGCUGGCCAACCUCAGCGCCAUGAUGCCCUGCUUUUCCCUGGGUGGUUCCAAGCUUCCCAAAGUCACAGUUUCCCACCACGACGCAGAAAUCCCCUUCAACCCCAGCUUCAUCGAGCCACCGUCCACCGCGUGGGUUUCCGAUAGCUCCUUCUCCUCCUUCGACACGGACAACGAGGGCCCGGAGUACUCCGUGCCCCCCCGAGAAGGCGUCCCCGUGCUGGCGGGGGCCGAGCUGCAGGACGGGGCGUCCCCCGCCGGCGAGGCGCUGCCGGACCCCUCGGCCUUCAGCUCGGAGGACGUGUCGCAGCCCUUCGCCAUCCCCCGCACCUCCAGCCUCGCCAAGGCCAAGCGGCCCUCCGUGUCCUUCGCCGAAGGGACCAAAUUCGGCCCCCAGGGCCGGGGCGCCCUCGCCGCCGAGCCCCUGCCCGACCGGCCGCCCGGCAGCGACAGCCCCGAGCCCCCGGCCGCGGCGGAGGAGAGCCACCGGGCCGCGGGCCGGGCCACCGGCGCGGGGGGCCGCCGGCGCGGGGCCUCGGGCACCAGGCAGGUGGCCCAGAGGGUGGAGGCGCUGGAGGCGGCCGCGAAGGCCGGCGGCCGGGAGGCGAGGGGGAAGGAGCCGAGCGUCACCACCAUUUACGUGAUGGUGGGCACGGCCGGGCAGGAGGCCGAGGCCGGCGGCGAGGGACCGGUGCAGGCCGUGCUCAAGCGGCUGGGCAGCGCGCAGUGGGCCCGGAGGGCUGCGAAGGAGGAGCCCCCGGUGCGGAGGAGCGCCGAGGGCAUCCAGGAGCCGCCCCGGCGGGCGCUGGCCCAGCGGAGAGACUCGGCCCCGGGCUCCAAGCAGAGGGAGAGCGGUGCAAGCCCCGUCCCCGGCGCUGCCACCGAGCCACCCGCCGGCAAACACCUCCCAGGGACGAGGCGGCCGAAAAGCGCGGGGGCGUGGGAGGGGGCCGCCGCCGAGCCGGAGGAGGAAGAGCCGAAAUAUGAGAACGUGAGGACCAGCCCCGGUCCAGAGCAGCCGCCGGCUGCCCCCGGGAGCGCGGCCGGCACCUGAGCCCGCUGCGAGCCAGAGGCUUGCCGAGCCUCGCCGGUGACUCCCGCCCCGCGGCCGGGGGUCCGAGCUGUGCCAGGGCUCUGCUUGGAGACACACGGGCAAAAAGACAUUUCCACCCGCUUUUUUGGGGGUCUUGCGUUCACCUCUCCCCAUCCCAGCCCCUUCUCCCUCGCCGAGAUGCGGGGUGAAGGCGCUCCUUGCCUGCGGGGAUUAUGCGUGGCGCUCGGCUGGGGAGGGGUGACGGGCUGCCAAAAGCGGCUUCGGCUGAAAUUAAUUUGAGCUGCUUAUCUAGAGGGCUCGCUGGGUCGGCACGGGUUUAUCUGUGCUGCCCUGCUUUUGCGGCAGGCGCUAGCUGCCACCGUUUCUGUGUACCCACCAGCACCGAAUGGUUCGCGGGGUUUGUGCACGACUUUAAGCUCCAUGUGGGCGCCGAGCUGGGCUGCGGAUGUGAGCUCGUGCGUCCAGCACCUGCGCUGGUCCUGACGAGGAUGAAGCUGGAGUGGAAAACAGCAUUUCUAUAGGUCUCCUAAAUCCUUGCCGUCUCCCCGCAUCUCGGCAGCGGCGUUCCCGCGGUUACGAUGCGCAGCCACGGACAACCGAGAGAUGCGAUGCAGCUCACCGGGUGCAACGUGAGGCCCCGGGGCUGCUGGAUGGGCCUGGCCCCACGCGCCUUGCCCAGGCGCCCACCGAGCCGGAGGGGAUUUGCAGCAUGGACUGGUUUUAGACAUAUAUAAAUAAGCUCUGUGUAUGGUUUUUCUGUUAUUUGAAUUUGAAAGCCCCCAAAUGAAAAUAAAAUUUUUACCGAAGCCCGCCAGGAGUUCAGUUUCCGAGCCCCGCUUUGAAUCAAAGACGUGCAAGCCAAAGACCAGGAAUACGCUCAGAAGCGUGGAUACUAUCUGCAGCCUUAGGCUUUUUUUUAAUUAGCAUUAUUUCCUGGUUCAGUCGAGGUAAUUCCUCACCCUCGCUUACACGUGUGAGCACGCCGUGGCCAUCGGGACGCUGGCGCGAGCCUGGAGGAGGCACCGGCGCGACACGUGCACAGUCGCGUAUUCACCCUGCUUCUGCUCUGAUGCUGCUGGGUUGUGAUUAAGGAUUAGGGUGUCUCAUGAAACAGUCGCUGUGCGGGAUGGAUCUUACUUUUUCCCUUUUGCUUUUCGCCAGGGCUUUGCCACAAGGCAACAUGCCGAACCCG